AUGACCAGGCUCGGUAGUCUUCUUGCUCUGUGCUGUUCUUGCACAUUUGCUAAGCUUUUGUUGUGCAGACUGUCGGAUCGAGCAAGAGCCCCUCUCGAGUUCUUCGCAUCCAUGGGGGAGGAGGUCGCAGCUCGCACGCACGGGGAGUGGCCAGAGUUGAAGCAGUCGGUGGAGGAGUUCUUCAGCGAAGUGGAGGCCGCCUGCUGGAGGGACAAGGCGGACUUAGUGGGUCUUCCCAGUGAGGUGGGCCAACUGGCUGAGGAGGAGCUUGCUGCGGAAGGGCUUCUCCCAGCCCCGGAAGCAGACCCUGACGCAAGCGACUUAGAGCCCCACAGCCUUGAGAGUUUGAGCUCUUUCUGCGAGGAGCUCAAGAAGGCUGUGGAGCAAAAUCCGCAAUUCUUCGAGCAGCGGGGAGCGGAGCUGCAUCGAGGUUUGGAGAACAUCCUGGCGAAUCACCCGCAGGGUUCCUAUGCCAGGGAGGAUCUCUUUAUCAAGGUUGCCAUCACGGAACAUGUCCGCAGUGUAUUCCGAGAGAUACAAAGUGACAGCUCUAAUCGUACUGUUCUCUAUGCCAACUACAAGGAGGAGAUCUCGAGGCUGACGGCCGAAAUCCGCGGUGAGUCCGAAAGUCUCUCGGCAAACGCGCUGGUGCCGAGGCGCAAGGAAAUGGAAGAGCGCCGUGCCAGACACUUCUACAAGCUCUACGAACAGCACAAGGAGCAGGAGAGGGCAGUAACGACCAAAAGUGAGGUGCCAUCCCUGCUUCGGACACAUUCGGCAAGCUUCAAUCAGGCAGAUAUGCAGGAGAGGCAGCAUCUUAAAAGGUUGCAGAGCCAGCACGUACUUCUUGCAUCCAAAUGUUUGGCCCUGCACGCUCGACAGCGAGAUGCAUUGAGCAACAUCACCUCGCAUUGCCACGCUGAAGAACAGCAAGCUGAGCGCAGCUGCCAAAAGAAACAGGAGGAGUUGCAACAGGAACUUGCCAGCUUGAAGGCUCAGUUUGCCAGAUGCCAGCACUUGCUGCAAGACAUCCGACACCAGCGUCGACAUGCUGAACAGCAUCGGCUGCAGCGAGCGAAAGUUUCGGAGCUCAUGAGGGUGGCUAUGAGAGCUGAGCAGCAGAAGAAGGCUCGACAUGAAACCAUGGCGAGUCGCUAUGCUCAGGGCCAAGCAGUCCUGCAAGCAUUCGCAACCUGGAUGAAGGAUUCCUACCAGUUCAUGGAGACGACACUCCUGGAUCGCCAGCAGAGGCUGGCGGAGGAGCUCCCGGAGCAAGGCGUAACUUCAACGCUUUGCUUCACUGCUUCGUCGAGGAUUUGGGGAGGCGGAAGGAGGAGCAGAAGCAGGCCAUGUCCCAUCUUACCGGCAAGAUGA